UCAAGACAUGUGUACGCCGUGCAAAGGGCGAUCGCGGGUUCAGCCCAUGCAGGGCAUUAUCACGGGGAACUCCCAUGAUUUGGAGCCCUCGCCCCGGCUUGACGGCAGCGUGACCGGGACUGACUGCCUCACCAGCCGGGGCUCAACCAGCACCCUGGGCGGCGAGAGACACCAAAUGAAGAUGGUCCUGGAGAAAGCCACGGACAAUCACAGUAACGCCAAGGACAUGGCUAAGAUGCUGGUGGUGAUUCUUAUCCCUUUGGUGGCUUUGACCGUCUCGUCUGCACUUUCCCUUGCAGCCACAGUCUCCAAGCUGCAGCACUCCCGCAUGACCUUGGCUUCCAUCGAUGCCAGUGAGAGGGUCUCCGCCGUCAUACUCGCUCUCCAGGUAGAGCGUGGACUCACAGCAACCUACGUCAGCGGGAAUCGAACCGAGGAAAGUGUAAUGGAAACCCUGAAUCAAAAACGAUCAGUAACUAACCGGGCCAUCGAGAACGAUAACGCGUUCCUCACACUGAAUGUUUCCGGUACAGUAUACGCAACCAAAGAGAUGCUGCUUGACGAUAUCAAUCGGUACAGAUCGUACGUGGAUUUCAAGGGAAGUGAGUUACCGAUCACCCAUCCAAUAACAUUUUACACUGAUAUCAUUCAGCAGCUGCUGGUGGAAUCUUACGGCCAGAGCACAAGGCUUGUAGAAGGGACCCUGUGGCCCCGCAUUGUCUGCAAAGAUAACAUCCUCCUUCUUUCUGAUCUGUACGGCAUUCAGCGUGCUCUAGGUAGCAGCUUCUAUGCUGGGUGUUCUCUACGUCCCGCCGACCUGGACUGGUUCCGCAGACUUUAUUCCAGCAGCGAAUCCCAGAUCAAGACGGUGUUUUUCUACUCGCCGGCGGCGGCCGCCACCUAUCAAGAACUUGUACGCUCGAAGGAACCCAACGGGUUUUAUCUUCGCAUCAUGCGGAGUGAAAUCAUCAGGGGAGGGGACCCGUGUGCCGAUCACGGAGAAGGCCGGGCAUCGCGAUUGUCCGAGUACUGGUUCAAGAACAUGACUAUAUUUAUAGAGAUUCUUGCGGCCGUUAUGCAAGGAGAGUCAGACUACAUCAGCGUGAAGAUUGACGAGAUCAUAGCCGGUGCCUUGCAGGCUGUGGCCGGCAACAUCACCGUGCUGGUUUUGACCGUCGCGGUGUCCCUGACUUUGGCCACCAUCCAGCUCGUCCAGGCCAGGCAGCUGCUCAGAAAGGUCGGGAUUUACGCCAGGAAUCUCGGCGUCAAGACCAAGGAGUUGACCCGGGAAAAACGGACCACGGAGAAGCUGCUGUACCAGAUGAUGCCCCGCAGCGUGGCCGAUCAGCUACGGCAGAAGCAGGAGCUGAUAGCUGAGGAGUUUAGCAGUGUCACCAUCUACUUCGGUGAUAUCGUCGAGUUCACCAGCCUGGCAGCACGAAGCACGCCAAUGCAAAUCAUAGAGUUUUUGAAUGACCUGUACAGCAUCUUUGACAAUUACAUCGACAUGUACGACGUGUACAAGGUGGAGACGAUAGGAGACGCCUACAUGGUGGCUUCGGGCCUACCCGAACCCACGGCCAACCACGCCUGUGAGAUCGCCUGCAUGGCGUUGGACCUGCUACGGGAGGUGCAACUCUUCCGGAUACCGCACCUUCCUGCGGAGAGCCUUAGUCUGAGAGUCGGCUUGCACUCAGGUUCUUGCGUUGCUGGAGUUGUUGGUAUCAAGAUGCCUCGAUAUUGUCUCUUUGGGGAUACCGUAAACACCGCCUCUCGGAUGGAGUCUACUGGCAGAGCUCAGAGAAUACAAAUUAGCGAAGCCACUCGGGACCAGAUUGUGAGCGAGAAAACCCACCCACACGGGAGACAAUUUGUCAUUGCGCCUCGGGGAUCUACGGCGGUCAAAGGCAAGGGAAUGAUGCGGACGUAUUGGCUGUGCGAGGAAUUAACUACCAGGCGAUUGAUCGGGAGGCACACCGCUGGAUUGGAUUGAGCAAUCACCGCCCACGAACGAAAAACGCUCGUGAAAAACAACUGGCUCUGAUCAUUCUGCGCUGUGUGAUUUUUAACAACAAAAGAUAGAAAAUGUAAUUCGGACUCUUGUUGACUGAGAACCAGUAAUGAUGCCUAAUUGGGCCCUGUGCCACACUCGGAAAUUAACAUGCAACUUGUAUCCCGGUAAUCUCUAAGAUAUAAAAGACAGGAACGUUUUAGUUCCCUGUUAUACAGUGUGUAUCAAAAACUGAAUGUGAACAAAAUAUAACGGAAUGCCAGACAUAGAAUGUGUGACCAUCAUAGACAAUAUAGGUACGAUUUCAAAGAUACGCUUUUCCACUUUGCAAUGAGACAUCAAACGUCCAAAUCUGAUAAUUUUCGACAGAGUUAUGAGUAAUUUUAACGAGAGAGGUCAAAUUGACCAUGGGACGAAGUUUCGUUUUAAGGCAUUGGGAUGAAGGUAGCAUAUAUAAUUGCCUCUGUGGUGUGGAUAUUUGCCUGGCCUACACAAAUUAAUGUGUUUAGCGAGUGAACACAAUUCCAUACACUUCUUGCUAUUAGUUUGUAAACGUGUUUACAUGCUAAACAUUUUUAGCAUGAGGUGAUAACAAGAAAGUGUUGAGAAUUGUGAUUACUCGCUCAACACAUUUUUUUUUUGUAGACCAGGCAAGUAUCCACACAGAGGCA